GAUAUCACGAUAUUUUCGUACAUUUCUCACAUCCACAACAAAACAAAAUGGAGGUCUUUGAUGUGUCGCGUUGUCUUGAAAUUUGCUGCUAGAAUUUUGCGUUAAACGCUGUGAGCGAAUGUGUUUCACUGCGAAUAUGUCAAAGGUCGGCCAUGAAGUGCGCGAAACUCGAGACACAAAUGACUUUUUCCAUAUAAAAGCAACAACAAGACGUUAAAUUGCACACCAGUUGUAAUUAAGUUUAGUAGUUAGAACCCGCAACCAACCAAUAUAUAAUCAUAAUCGAUAAGGCGAAGGUGGAUAGAGAGAUACCAGAGACUAGAGACCAGAUCCCCGGGGUAAAGUGAGCAGUGGGGAAAGGAUAUCCGCUCCCCAGAGAAGUGCAACUUCUCCGCAACCGUCUGGUUCUCAGGCCUCAGUCCUCGGCUACCUUUUGGGCUUUCGACAUUUUGAAAACGGCCACGCGUAGAAAGCAGCAUCAAAAUUAAGCCAAUAGACGUCCAAAUCUAAAACGCAGCGGCGUCGCGUCCUUCGACGCGUAACGGACAUUUCUGUGUGCGCUGCGUUUAAAAAAUCUGAUGGAUGGAAAUGCACAAAAUAUGUUUCACGGAAAUCAUCAAGGAGAUCCCUAUUACCGUUACGAUGCGGCAGCCGCAGCAGCAGCCGCCGCCGCGGCGAAUCCUCGGGCAAUGGGACCGCCCGGUGGCUAUCCGCCACGCCACCGCCCCCCACAUCCCCUACAGCAACAGCCCCAAUACCCAUCGUACCAGCCAACGGCGGAGAAUCUCUACGGGCUGGGGGCCGCCGAUCACCAGGCGGCCAUGGGCGUUGGGCUCGGCGUUGGAGUGGGUGCCGGGAUGGGUGAUCUAAGCGGUUGGGGAGCGGCGCCCUCGGUUCCGGGCCAGGCAGCAGCGUAUCCCGGAGCCGGGCUGGGGGCCUACGGUCAUCCGCAAGCAGCUCCACCGGCGCAGCAGCAGCGCCAGAGCAACGCCAGCGCAUACCGCCAACACAUGCCCGCCUACGGACAACAGGACCAGCAGAAGCUUGCGACCUACAGCGCGCAACAGAGCAUGAUGGCGGGAUAUGGAUCGCUGGCGCCCCAGCAGCAACAGCAGCAGCAACCGCCCACUCCCCAACAGCAGCAGGUGCAGCAGCAAGCACAGCAGGUGCAACAGCAGGCGCAGCAGCAGCAACAGCAGCAGCAGCAGAGUCAGCAGCAGGCUCGACUGCCGCAGCAUUAUCCGCAAGCUCCUGGCCAGCAUCCGUUGUAUCCGGGGGUGGGGGCACCCGCUGUCCAGGCGGGACAACCUCCCACGCCCCAAGCUUAUGCUCACAGUCCGUACGGCAGUCCCAUGCAACAUCAACCGAGCAGAGGAGCGCCCCAGCACGUGGGCUACGGUCACACAGGACUGGAUCAGGCUUCAGCUUAUGGGCAACAUGUGCCGGGAGCAGCGCCACCGGGCCACCACUUGACAGCGCAGCAGCAGCAGGCUGCGCAGCAAUUGGGCGCCCACCAGCAGCAACAGCUCCAAUCGCAGCAGCAACAACAGGCGCAGCAGCAGCAACCUCACGUCUCGCUGAUGCAGCAGCAACAGUUGCCGGGCGCUGGAUUACCGCCACCGCACAUGGGAAUGCCUCCCAGCUACGGAAGCCACCACCAGCAGCAGCAACAACAGCAACAGCAGCAGCAACAGGCCCAGCAGCAACAGCAGCAGGCAGCACCGCCUUACAUGUCCAGCAGCAAACAUCAACAGGCGGCCGCCCAGCUAAAUUCCUCGCCCCAGUACCGCGCUCCCUUCCCUCAGCUUUCGCCACAAAUGUCGCCACGUCCGCCGACGAUGUCGCCGCAUCCACAGAUGUCUCCGCGACCAGUGGGCGUGUCACCGGCGAAACCACCACCCCCUCAACAACAGCAGCAGCAAACGCAGGCACAGCAGCCACAACAGGUGGUGAACAAUCAGCCCAGCCAGCACAGCAUUCAAGGCAUGGUGGGUCUGCCAUCGCCGCGACCCCAGCCGCCCACAAGUGGAGCAGGGGGAGCGGGAGCGAAGGUUCCAGCGCCAGUUGCUGCACCCGUAAACACGUUACAGGCCCUUGAACAAAUGGUGAUGCCGUCGCAAGCUCUCGGGCUCCCGCCCAUGGAUUAUCCUUCGGCCUACAGAAGUGCCGUGGGUCCCAGGAUGCCCGCAUCGCCGCAGCAACAGCAGCAGCAACACCACCAGCAAUGGGGCGCGGCUCAUGGAGCUCAGCACUUGGCGGCCCUGCAGCAGCAGCAGGCCCAACAGCAAGUGCAACAGCAGCAACAGGCACCACCGCAGCAGCAGCAGGCGGCCAUGUUGCAGGCUCAGCAACAACAUCACCAGCAACAACUAAGCAUGUAUGGUGCGAUGGGGCAGCAACAGCAACCCCAAACCCCGCAGCAACAGGUUGUGCCACCAGUGGCUGCACAACAACCGCCAGUGGUGGCCAGCCCCCAGCAGCAGCAGCAACAACAGCAGCAGCAACACCAACAGCAAUCGCUCAACGAUCAAUUGCAGCACUCGAUCAACGAUAUUGUUGGGGGAGGUAACAGCAGUGGGGCAACAGGAAGCACUCAAAGCCAACAGCAGCAACCCCAACUGGCUGCCAUGUCCUCGCCGUUGCACCAGCAAAGUCUGCCGAGCAUGCACCAUUUAAUACAGCCUACCAUGGAGACAGCACAACCGACGCAGCAGCAACAGCAAACGGCACAACAGCAACAACCACAGCAGCAGCCACCGCAAGCGACUCUAACAUCUCCGCACCACCAGCAAAUGCAACAUCAGUCACCCAUACACCAGCAGCAGCAGCAACAGUCACCGCACCACCAGCAACAUCUACCCAGCUACAAUCAGUCGCAGCAGCAGUUCGAUCCUUUUGCUAACAUACUAGGAGACAAUCAGCCACCUGCGCCCCAACAGACAAUGUCGCCCGCUCACGUGAGUUCGCCAAUACCCGCGCAAAUGCAGCAACAGCAGUCACAUCAGUCACAGCAGCCAGCCCAGCAAGUAACACAAACCCAGCAACAACAGUUGCCUCAGACACAGCAGCAAACGCAGCAACAACCUUCGACGCCGUCACAUCACCUAAGCAGCAUUCUCAACGAAACAGCCAACUCGAAUGAUUCCUCCACUUUGGCAGUGGCUGCUAAUGACAGUAACAACAGCAGCAGCAAUAGUAGCACCAACAGCAUUGUCAACAACCAGCCCACUUCGGUGCACGACAGCAACUCGCAGAGCAGCAUUAACAGCAGCAGCAACAACCAGCAACAGUUGCUCAUGGACAACACGAAUUCGCAUGGAGGAAAUUCGGAGUCUGCCCAGCAUGUUGGAGUGGAUGUUGGCCUUUUUGAUAACAACUCUAUGUCCUCCACAUCUGCAGCAGUGGCUGCCGUUGCCUCAAAUGCUGCUUCUGCUGCAGCUGCACUUUUGGAUAGUAAUUCUCAGUCCUCAAAUGCAGAGUUUGAGAAGAAUCAGAGCGAAGGCGAGGGACUCGGAGGUGUGUCUGGAGCUUCAGCCAAUGAAACUGAGUUGCCACAGGAUGAGAACAGCGUUCCCAAGACUCAAGAAGUAAGUCUAAGCACCGAAUUGCCGGCAGUUCAGGAGGAUCUGCAAGAUAAGCCCUCUGAAGAGAUGGAACAAACUCAACUAGGUCAAUCUCUAGGGGAUUUAUCUAGCUCUUUGCUAGAGGAACCCAAAAUCGUAGAGGAAAUGGGAGAGGAUAAAUCUCAACCUGCAACUGGAGUGGUACCCCCUGUAGAUCCCACCACCCUAGUUGGACAACCGCCUCAACAGGUGCCCGCUAUGGGAAUCCCCUUGCACCCAUUGGCCCCCGGAUACGAUGCCCAGGCUCAAGGACAGGGUCAUAUUCCACCAAUGAUGCCACCGUACGGCGGAGCACCUGGCAUGUAUCCACCUUACCCGAUGCUGCAUCAACAAGAGAUUGCUGCACUGCAGCAGCAGAUCCAGGAACUGUAUUGCAUGCCUCCAGGUCAUGAGCUCCAGCACCAGGAUAAGUUAAUGAGAAUGCAGGAGCGAUUAAAUCUUCUGACGCAACACGAAAUAAACGAUCAGUGUGCUGGCGGCCCUCAGUGCUUGCUCUUCCAGAACGUUCCCCCAAUGUAUGGACCACCAGGAAAUCCCUUGCUCAACCAGCAAAUGGUAGAGAGUCCACAAGUAUCUAGCACCACGGGAAGAGGCCGGGGAAAGGGAGCCAACAAACCACGGAAACCCCGCGCGAAGAAGGGCGAAAAAGGUCAGGUGGGUCAGCAGCAGGAUCUAAUGGAUAUCAGCGGCAAUGUGGUUACUGGAGCAGCCAACGCCAUUCCAAGUAUCCCAACGACACAGCUUCCCGUCUCUGAGGACUGCGUGACUCAGGGUGCGGGAGAUACCAGCGUGGUCGGAAUGCUGGAGUACAGCGAAGGCAUGGGCGAUCUUUCGCAAGACGUGCACUCAGCCAAUGAACUGGAUACCUCCACAGAUGGCAGUGGCAAAAAGAAGAAACCACGCAAGCCCAGGACACCCAAGGAUCCGAAUAAACCUCCUCGAGAUAGGACUCCGAAGGCCAAGAAACCUAAGGAUCCCAAUGAUCCGAAUUCUACCGAGACACCAGCAGCGGGUAAAAAACGAGCCAGUGUUGCUAAGCGCAGGAAACAGUACGGAGAGGAUGGUACCGAGCAAACGGGCGAGGGCAGCGAAGUGGAAGACAACAAACCGUUGGUGCCCAAAGCGGGAUCUGCCGAUGGCGAAGCAGAAACCACUUCAGGAGGAACAGGCGUGGACGGAGAGUCUCCAGACUACGAUGACAUUCCCGUCUCAAAAAUUCCACGGGGCGCCAAUGAAGACGACAAGGACGCGGAGGCCGGCGAUGAAACUGUGGACUCUGUUCCAGAUUCGGCAGGAGAUCCUGCCUCCACUCCGAGCAGAAGAGAUCGCAAACGAUCCACUGCUAGAAGUCGUCGCAAUGCGAACUCUGAGGAGGGUGGUAGUGCGCGCAAAAACCGUGGCUCUCUCUCCGCCAAGGCACUUAAAAAGCGUAGAAACAGGGGACGAAUUGUGCCCGAAUCCGAUGGCGAAGAUGACACCAUGGACAGAACUCCGCCACCAUCACCUCCCCCAGACUCUGAGCUGGAUUCCAACAAGCGAAGAUCUUCAAGGAACACACAAAGGAAGAAGUACAUCGAUGAUGUAAUGCUGAGGUUCUCCGAUGACGAAAACUCUUUAUUGGUAGCGUCUCCUGUAAAGAAGGAUAAGAAAUCAUCCGCAAAUGCGGCUAAUUCCAAUGCAGGCAGUGAUGUGGAAAAAACAGAACCGCAAUCUGGUGCCGAAGGAGAGGCUGGCCAGGAGGUGGGUGAAGAGAAGUCUAAUCUACCCAUGGACGAGAGCAGCCAAUUGGAAGCCAGUUCGAGUACUUCAGCAGCAGCGGCGGCGGCGGCAGUAGAAAAGGAGCGACAAAUCUCCAGCGAUGCCGCAAACGCGGCCAUGUCUUCUAAGCCCAAUUACGUGUACAUAAACACUGGCGAUGAAGACAGCAUGGUCGUUCAAUUAGUGUUGGCCAUGCGAAUGGGAAAACGUGAACUCAUCCCCGAAAAACCCAAGGAGAAAGCGCCCGAACCCAAAAAGGAGGAAGAGAAAUCGGGAUCUGAAGAAGCGUCAGCAGAAAAAUGCGAUGAGGAUGAAAAACCCAAAACGGAGAGUGACGGGGGAGAGCCCAAAGAAGAUUCAACCGAUGUAGAGGGAAAGAAAUCGGAGUCCUCCGAAAUGGAAGUGGAGGGCAAAGAGGAGUUAGCACCUGUAGAUACUAAGAAAUCUGACAAGGACAAUAAAGAUGUGGAAAAAAUGGACGUAGACGAUGUAGCUGAAAAAUCAGAUAAUGAAGCUAAACCAGAAGAGCAAUCAGAAACAGUAAAGACUGAUGAUAGUGCUGAAAUCACUGAGGAAGACAAGUCCUCUAACGUAGACACGGCAGAGGAGGCCAAGGAAACCGAGAUUGCCGCGGAGAAAAUGGACGUAGACGAGAAGGAAGGUGAAGAUAAGUCACCAAAAUCCAAAGAAGAAUCUGAGGAAAAAUCUACUGACGAAGCCAAACCCGAGGAGGCUACUACAGAAAAAGUUAAAGAAUCUUUAGAAAGUGAAGGCGAAAAGGAGCCUGGCAAGGAGGGAGAAGAAUCCACCAAAAAGGAUAGUGGCGACGAAAACGAAGCUGACAAGGAAAACAAACCCGAACCCGUCUUUAUCGAUGUGGAAGAGUACUUUGUGAAGUAUCGCAAUUUCAGUUACCUUCAUUGCGAGUGGAGAACCGAAGAGGAACUUCUGAAGGGUGAUCGUCGAGUGGCUGCUAAGAUUCGUCGCUUUCAGCAAAAGCAAUCCCAGCAAUUGAAUAUAUUCGAGAACAUCGAAGACGAGCCCUUCAAUCAGGACUUUACCGAAGUUGACCGGGUGCUGGACAUGUCCGUUCACACGGAUGAAACCAGUGGGGAGACCACCAAGCACUACCUGGUCAAGUGGAAGUCACUUCCCUAUGAGGAUUGCACCUGGGAGCUUGAAGAAGAUGUAGAUAACGACAAGAUCGAGCAAUACCUGCGCUUUAACAAAAUUCCUCUGAGGUGCGAAUGGAAGUCCAAAAAGCGUCCGCAUCCAGAACUGUGGAAAAAACUGGAGAAGACUCCGAUCUACAAGGGCGGAAAUAGCCUUAGACCCUAUCAGCUAGAGGGUCUCAAUUGGUUAAAGUUUUCCUGGUACAAUACUCACAACUGCAUCCUGGCCGAUGAAAUGGGUUUGGGAAAAACAAUUCAGAGUUUGACCUUUGUGCACUCUGUUUAUGAGUACGGAAUCAGAGGACCCUUCUUGGUCAUAGCUCCUCUCUCCACCAUUCCCAACUGGCAGCGAGAAUUCGAGGGCUGGACUGAUAUGAACGUUGUGGUUUAUCAUGGUUCUGUGACCAGCAAACAAAUGAUACAGGACUAUGAAUACUACUAUAAGACAGAAAGUGGAAAGGUCUUGAAGGAGCCCAUCAAGUUUAACGUUUUGAUCACCACUUUCGAGAUGAUUGUGACGGAUUACAUGGACCUAAAGGCAUUCAACUGGCGCCUUUGUGUAAUCGAUGAAGCUCAUCGGCUCAAAAAUAGGAACUGCAAGCUCCUCGAGGGACUGCGACAGCUGAACUUGGAACAUAGGGUCUUGCUCUCCGGAACUCCCCUGCAGAACAACAUCAGCGAGUUGUUCUCGCUGCUAAAUUUCCUGGAACCCUCGCAGUUCUCCUCACAGGAAGAGUUCAUGUCCGAGUUUGGAAGUCUUCGCACUGAGGAAGAGGUGAAUAAGCUGCAAGCUCUCCUAAAACCUAUGAUGCUGCGUCGUCUAAAGGACGACGUGGAAAAGAGCUUGGCGCCCAAGGAGGAAACCAUUAUCGAAGUGGAGCUCACUAACAUACAAAAGAAAUACUACCGAGGUAUACUAGAACAGAACUUUAGUUUCCUGAAAAAGGGAACUACAUCUGCUAAUAUUCCCAACCUAAUGAACACCAUGAUGGAGUUGAGAAAGUGCUGCAUACACCCUUAUCUCUUAAAUGGAGCGGAAGAACAAAUCCAAUAUGAUUUCAAGUCCCAGCAUGGCGAGGACCCAGAGUCUUAUUACAAGAAUCUAAUUCUAUCCGCUGGUAAAAUGGUUUUGAUUGAUAAAUUGCUACCCAAACUGAAAGCAAAUGGCCAUCGCGUGCUUAUAUUUAGUCAGAUGGUGCGUUGUUUGGAUAUCUUAGAGGACUAUCUGGUGUACAGAAAGUAUCCCUUUGAGCGAAUUGAUGGACGCAUUCGUGGCAAUCUCCGUCAGGAAGCCAUCGAUCGUUACUCCAAACCAGGAUCUGACCGUUUUGUAUUCUUACUCUGUACUAAGGCAGGAGGAUUGGGCAUUAACUUAACAGCGGCCGAUACUGUCAUUAUUUACGAUUCGGACUGGAAUCCACAGAACGAUUUGCAGGCUCAGGCUCGAUGCCAUCGUAUUGGUCAAAGGAAAAUGGUUAAGAUCUACCGAUUGCUCUGCAGAAAUACCUACGAGCGUGAAAUGUUUGACAAGGCUUCGAUGAAACUUGGAUUGGACAAGGCCGUCUUGCAGUCGAUGAACACCCAAGGCUCUAAGGAUGGCAACAACAAGCAGCUGUCUAAGAAGGAGAUCGAAGAUCUUCUAAAAAAGGGAGCCUACGGCGCUGUCAUGGAUGACGACAAUGCUGGUGACAAGUUCUGCGAAGAGGACAUCGAUUCAAUCCUUAAGCGCCGCACUCAAGUCAUCACCAUGGAAUCCGAGAAGGGUUCGACCUUUUCGAAGGCUUCAUUUGCUGCCUCCGGCAACCGAUCGGAUAUUACCAUCGAUGAUCCCGAUUUCUGGACCAAGUGGGCCAAGAAGGUUGACAUUGAUCCCGAUGCCUGUGAGCGAGAUGAAACCGAGGAUUUGGUUUUGUCCGAACCGAGAAGACGCACUCAAAUCAAACGCUAUGGUCACGAGGACGUGAUGGAGCUCAAUUCCGAGGAUUCUUCCAAUGAGAACAGCGAUGAAGAGGGAGGAAUAGGUCUCCGCUCUCGACGACGAAAGGAGAAGCGCGACCGUACUCGGGAAAAGAAGGGCCACGAUGAAUACAUUCCACGAGAACGGGAUGCCUUGGCUGCUUUGGGAUUGGAGGAGAUUCAAUAUGGCAACUGGGCCAAGUCCGAGUGCUUCAAGGUGGAAAAGGGACUGCUCUCCUUUGGUUGGGGCCGCUGGUCGGAACUUUUGGAGUUGGGACAAUUUAAACGCGGUUGGCGCGAUAUAGACGUCGAGGAUUGUGCUCGCAUCAUCCUUCUUUACUGCCUGCAGGUCUACAAGGGUGAUGAGAAGAUCAAAACGUUCAUCUGGGACCUGAUUACGCCGACGGAGGAUGGGGAGGUGCAGAAGAUCAGCAGGGAUCAUAGUGGCCUACACAACUUGGUGCCACGAGGACGCAAUGGUGGCAAGUCGAACAAGGAAUCCACGGGAAUGUCUACUCCUGCUCCGGGCACUGCAUCCGGUAGCAAUAGCGGGAACACGACUCCGGCUCACAAGUCCAGCGCCCUGGAUGGAUCCGAUAAGGAUGGGGGCGGAAUCAGUGCCAGUGCCGUGGCCGCGGCGGUCACUAGUAUUCAUGACCCGAAUCACUGGAGCAAAAAGGAGAAGUACGACGCGGAUGCAUACUUGGAGGGCGCCUACAAAAAGCAUUUGGGCAGACACGCCAAUAAGGUUCUACUGCGUGUGAGGAUGCUCUAUUAUAUACAACAUGAGGUUAUUGGCGAGUUUGUUCAGCAGAUCAAGGACAAUUUGCCCAUCAGCGAGCUCCCCAUUCGCCCGCCGCCAACGCCAGAUCAAGUGCCAUCCUCAUGGUGGAAUCCCAUUUGUUGUGAUAAGAGUCUGUUGGUCGGAACCUACAAGCAUGGCUGUGAAAUGUAUCGUCAAAUGCGCGCCGAUCCCAAUCUGUGCUUUGUCACCCAUGUGGGCGCCGGUGCGGCCGGUGACGAUUUGGCUGUCACGAAUUUGCCGAUAAACGAAGACGACGCAAAUUCGAAGCACGAUGAUGGCGACGAGGUGGACGACGACGGCACCACCACGACCAAAGACUCUGACUCCACCAAACUCACAGGGGGCGACAACAAGGACUCGCUUCUCGACCCGGAGCGCCCCAGUUCGUCGGGUAAGACCAGCAGCGAAAGCGGCAGCGGCGGCAACGACAAAACGGAACGCGAAAAAGAUGCCUCAACCGUUUCCGAAUCCUCAUCCAAAUCCGAAGCUUUGCCGGGCAAAGGCAGCGAUGUCGAUGUGGCGGUCGCCCAGCAGGACGCAUUAUCACCAACUCCAGAAUCGGCAGAUACAUCAGAUACAAAAAUAAAUAAAAAGAGCGCGCCAGUCUCAGCCUCGGUUUCUUGCGAUCCGGCCGACUCUAGUUCGCCGGAGGCUGCAGGAGAAGGCCAGGAGACUGGGGAAAAGGCUGGCGAUGCCCUCGAAUCGGACAUCGAAUCGGAGAAAAAAGAAAACGAUAAGGAAAUCAAGGAGUCAACUGCUGAUGCUCCUGCUGGGGAAACCAAAGACGAUGACGCUGCCAUUGCCCGUGCCGAAGGCGAUAAAACGGAAUCAUGCACUAACAAUGCUACCACAAACAUCUCCACCACCACCACUACUACUACUACCAUUACCAAUACCACCACCAAUAAUCCAUCAUCCAAAGCGGCUAACUCUAACAACACCACCGACAAUGCUAACUCCAACUCACAUUUAGGCUUGGACGAGGAGGAGAGCGUGGCCGGCAGCUACCCGCCAACCGUGGCAGCCGUCGAGGAUGCCACAACCAUGUGGCCGUCGAUGCAGGACCUUAACACUCGCCUCCGACGCGUGAUCACCGCUUACCAGAGGAAUUACAAAAAGGAGGAACUGAAGUUGCAGCAGAAGGCCAAGCUCCAGGCAUUGGUUUCAUCGACGCCCCCGCUCUCGGUUCCCACCACACCUACCCUUCAGUCCAUGCAAAUGCAGCUACAGAGCGGCUCCGGCGGCAGUGGCUCCGGAGUGGGAUCCUCUGGUCAGCACGAUGCCAGUGGCCGAAGUCUCCAGGCGUUGAUGCAAUCGCAGGGGGCCAGCACAUCCGCAGCAGCGGCGGCGGCCGCAGCAGGUACCGGAGGAUCCGGUGGUGGAUCCGGGCCGGUGGGCACAGGCGGAGCGGGAGUCAUGACAGCCAUGCCCACCGCCGCCGACAUCAGCCUAAUGCUCAGCAUCCUCAACACCACAGAUGUCAGCCAGCUGGCCAACUUGGACAUCAAUAAACUGGCCAUGUACCUGGUCAGCAUGAACAAUAAAAUGGAGCGGCAGGGCAAGAUAGAACUGGCGGCCAAAGAACGUGAGUCCCAGCGCCUUCAACUGAUUCCCAAGAAGUGGAAUCGCCGGGAAGAAUACGAAUUCCUCAGAGUUCUUACCGGCUACGGUGUGGACCUACACUUAUCCACAUCUAUGGGUUCCAAUGGAAGUUCUCUGUCGCCCGACUGGACGAAAUUCAAGCAGAUGGCUCACCUGGAAAGAAAGAGUGAUGAAACUCUGACGGACUACUAUAAGGUCUUUGUGGCCAUGUGCAAACGGCAGGCGGGCUUGAAGCUCACAGAAUCGGAGCGCGGCCUAGAAGGCAUCAUCGAGGAAAUCGAGAAGGAGCACGCCAAGCUCAUACUGGAUCGCCUGGAAGUACUUGCCAAGCUCCGGGAAGUGGCUCGUAAUCCCAUUUUGGAGGAACGCUUAAAACUUUGCACAAAGAAUGCUGAUACUCCAGAUUGGUGGGAGCCUGGUCGGCACGACAAGGAAUUGAUCACUGCCGUCCUUAAGCACGGACUUUAUCGCUCAGAGACCUUUAUCUUUAAUGAUCCAAACUUCAGUUUCGGAGAGUCCGAGAAGCGUUUCAUUCGGGAAUUGGAAGCUCAGAUCCAGCGCACCAUCAAACUAGAGGCUUUUAACGCCGAAAAGGCCGAGAAGUUAGCGGCAGCUGAAAAAGCAGCGGCAGCUGAGAAGGCGGCAGCAGAAAAAGCAGCUUCCGUCAAGAAUGAAGUCAUAGAUCUAGAUGAUGAACUCAUGACCGAUGAGAGCGUCAUCAAAAAGGAAACUCCUGCUACCCCUGUAAAAGAUGAAAUUAAGGCGGAAGAAAGUCCAGAAAAGAAGGAUAUUACUGACAGUCCCGAAGCUAAGAAAUCAGAGGUAGAAGAGCCCACAAAUAUUGAAGCUGAAGUCAAGGAUGUAGGAGAUUUAAAGGCAGAAACCACAGAAAAGGAAUUGGCUGACGAAGUCGAAAAUUUAGAGAAGGAUAAAUCCAGUACUGAAAAAUUGGUACCAGAAGUUGAAGAAAGCAAGCCCAGCGAAGAGAAAAUGGAAACUGAGGAGUUAUCCAUUGCCGAAAAUGGUCAGGAGAAGGAAGGUUCUCCUGAAAAAUCCCCUGAGGCAGAGGAGAAAAAAUCUACAGAGGAAGAACCGAAAACAUCUGAAGCUCCUGGAGAAGAAGACUCGAAAAUGGAGGUUGAUGAAGUUGCCUCUAAAGCAGAAGAAAAAUCUACUGCAGAUUUGGAAUCCUCCGAAAAGGAAUCUGAAGAAAAGGCUGUUGUAAAGACUGAUGAAGAGAAAGCAGAAGAAUCAAAGGAAGAGUCAAUGGAGCAAACAGAAGAUAAGGAGAAAGAUCCUCAAUCAAUCGCAGAAGCUGAGCCUUCUGAAAAAUCCCCAAUUCCUUCAGAAUCUGAGUCAGCUGCUCCCAAGAAACCUGCGGGUGACCAGGAGAUUCUCGACUUAGUGGCUGGUCCUUCAGAUCCUGACGAUGACGAGGUGAUGAAGGAGAAGGAGAAGGCCGUAGAAGAGGAGUGUAAAAAGCAGGCGGCCGAACUUAAAGCCCGCUUCCCGGAUCUAGAAGUAAUCCAACCCGCGACUGUCAAGCAGCAGAAGUUGGAGAAGCCCAAGCUGGAGAUGUGCAUGAUCCGAUGGUUCAAGGAUUUCGCCUUGGAGCGCCGCAUUGCGCACAUCGUGGCCUGCGUCGAGUCUGGAAAGUGGCCUGUGGAUAGCAAGUACAGUGCCUUUGCCAGCUGCAAGGGUGCCACUGAUCUGAGCAUUGCUCUUCACGAAUCUAUUCCUCACCUGAGCAGUUUGGAGCGCCGCUCUACAACCCCCGAUGUCAUUACCAUCACCACGGAUCAGGGCGUAACAAAACACCUGCAGUCCUCGCAUAUGCAGCAGGUGGCCAGUUCAGCGUCCGCUGCCACCUCGUCCUCGGGAAUACCCCAGGUCACUCAAUCGAAGCCAUCGUCUGGCAACAGCUUACCUGGUUUGGAUGCCAAAAGUAUCAAUGCUGCGGUGGCGGCGGCAGUGGCUGCAGCUGCCGCGGGUGGAAAUGCCACCUCGCUAUCUUCUCUGCUCCCCGGAAUGUCGCUGAGUGCGGCAACUGGCUCCUCAUCCGGAGGGGUGAGCGGGCUGAAUGUCCCAAGUGCUGGAUCUGUGGGCAAGAAGCGCAAGCGACACAUCGCCAUCGACGUAGAGACGGAAAGGGCUAAACUGCACGCCCUGCUUAAUAGUUCAACAAUGGCCCCCAAAGACUGGGAGAGUGAGAUUGCCAACAUGGAAGCCUUGACAGGCUCCUCUGGUCGUGGUCGAGGAGGUAACUCCUCUGCCCUGAGUGGCAUGCAGCCGCCCCCAGCCCAUCAACAUGCUUCGCUCUCGCGACAGUCCUCUGGUCAGUUUAGCAAGCCAGCUGUCCCCGCCCUGAAAACACCUCCACCCUCUAUGGGCGCACCAAUGGAUCUUUCCUCAAGCCUGCCGAAGAUGAACAUGACUGAGAUGCUGAAGUCGGCCUCCAGUGCGGGAGCCAUCGAUUUGAGUGAGGUUCAAGACUUCUCUAUGCCCUCCAAGAAGUCCAGUGUGCAUGCUGCGCUAAGUUCCGCCUUUCCCUCAAUGGGCAGCAAGAGCAAACUGGACGACACCCUUAACAAACUGAUGAAAAAGAAUAACUGCACUAUUGAAGAGCCUGUGAUUGGCAAGGAGAAAAAGCGCAAGAAGUUGGACGAGAUCGUGCUCGGCUUAUCGGCAGCAAAGGAACAAAAGACUUUCCCUGACCCAUCGCUGCCGUCCUCGAAAAAGCCACAGAUCCCGCCAAGCGUCUCAGUGACGCCAGCAAACCUGCAAUCUUCUGCCAGCCAGCAGUCCAACCAGAAACCCUUUACCAUCACUGUUACCACAGUGCCCGGAAAGUCCAAGGGCGGAUCGUCCAGCGGAGGAUCAGGCGCCGGAGGAAGCUCAUCGGCCAGCGGCGGAGGUGCCGGCGGCAGCGGGCUGAGCGCCCUGCAGAACAUGGCAAUGGGAGGACUGUCCUCCAAGGACAGUCUAAAUGCCCUGCUGGCCCAGACAAUGGCCACCGAUCCGCAGACGUUCCUCAAGCAACAGCAGAAGAUGAUGCAGUUCCUUCCGCCUGCCCAACGAAAGGCGUACGAAAACAUGCUGGCCGAGAUGGAGCAGGCCAUGAAGAUCAGCUCCAAGUUCUCAACCAACUCACCGCACGACGUCAAGGUCAACAAGUGGCUGUCAGACAUGACAAGUCCACUGGGCGACCAGCUCAGUAUUGAUUACGUGGGCAGUGGCGGAGCAAGUGGUUCUGGAAGUGCCAACAGCCGGCGCUCAAACCGCCAGCAAGGCAGCUCAUCGCAGCAAUCUUCGAGUGCCGCUCAGAUGCAGAAGCAGCAGCAACAACAACAGCAGCAGCAGCAGCAGCAGCAACAGCAGCAACAUUCGAUGGCUGGGCCUCAGAACCUGACAGGAGAGGAACCUGUACCAGUGAUCAAUAAACAGACUGGCAAGCGUUUGGGAGGUAACAAAGCGCCGCAACUUAAGCGACUUAUGCAAUGGCUCACUGAGAACCCCAACUACGAAGUGGAUCCAAAGUGGCUAGAACAGAUGCAAAAUCCCAUGUCAGCACCGUCACCCAAACCCACAUCAAUGGACAGCAGCUACGGCUCCUCGGCAGUAAAGUCGCACGGCGGUCGGCCGUCGUCCAACUCGAGUAACGCCUCGUCCUCGUCCCACACCCAGCAACAGCAACAAUCAUCUUCAGCCCAAUCUCCAGCGGGAGGGAACUCUGGCAGCUCCAAAAAAUCAUCCCGCCAGCAAACGGCGGCAUCAGCUGCCUUGGAUCAAGCUGCAUUACAAUUUGGCUCCCUCGCCGGUCUUAAUCCCAGUCUGCUGGCCAAUCUUCCCGGACUAGGAGCGUUUGAUCCCAAGAAUCCACUGGCUGCAUUCGACCCGAAGAAUCCGCUGCUAUCCAUGUCAUUCGGAGGAAUGCCCGGAAUGGGUAAUAUUCCUGGACUAGGUAACCUGAACAACAUGAAUCUGUUUGCCAGCUUGGCGGGAAUGGGAGGAUUGGGCAAUCUGGCGGGGAUGGACACCCAGUCGCUGGCUGCGCUCAUGGCUGCUGCCGGACCAACUCUUGGCGGAUUGACUGGUGCGUCCGGAGGAGCGGGUUCCGGUAAGAGCCAGUCGCAGUCACAGUCGGGUGGUGGCUCAUCCGCUGCUUCCUCAUCCUCCUCGGCCAGUAAGAAGAAGCAACAGCAACAACAGCAGCAGCAACAGGCACAAAAUGAAGCCGCUCAAUUGGCGGCUGCUAUCAGCGCUAGCACUGGAGGAUCGUCUGGCGGAGCUGGUGGCAAGAACGCCGCAGCUUCUGCGUCCCAAUUGGCUGCAGGAUUCCCCUUCCUAUUUCCGAAUCCGUCAUUGCUGUAUCCGCCCAUGGGAUUAGGUGGCCUGAAUCCGUAUUCACUGGGAUCCAGCGGUCUUGGUUCCGCAUACGAUCAGCUGGCCCAGCAGUACAACCUGCUAAAUGGAGCCACCUCAUCCGCGUCGAACACAAGCUCCACGCAGUCUAAGUCCCAUCAAUCGCAAUCGAAGUCCAGUCAAUCGAGAAACGCCACAGCAACUGCUAACUCAGCAGCAAGUCUGAUGAACGCCAUGGCUAGUAUGGGAGGGAGUGCCAGCACAGUGACCACGCCCUCAACCUCAGCAUCCGGAUCCGGACGUGGCAGGCAGUCAAGCAGCAGAAGCCAAUCCCAAACAACGCCCACAGCGGCAGACAUGGCUCAACUGAGCAGUUUACUUAUGCCAGGUGCGGAUCCGCAUCUUCUCGAGUCGCUAAGCCGCAUGAGCAACAUGGAUUUGGCGCAGGCCACUCGAUUGAUGAGCUCCCUAGGAAUGCCGCCGCUGCCCGGGACCCCCAGCUCUUCUGGAGCUGGUAACUCAUCUUCGAGCAAGAGAAGCAGCCAGGCAGCUAGUGAAGCCAACGCUCAGGCCAAGGAACAGCAAAAGUGGUUCGAGAGUCUGGCCCGCGGAGCACUGCCCACCGAUUUAGCCGCCCUGCAGGCUUUCUCGCAGGGUAAAAUGCCAUCGACAUCCGGCUCAAAUACGGGAACGUCCACAUCCUCAAGCAAGAGUUCGAAAGCUGCGGCAGCAGCAGCGGCGGCGGCAGCGCAACUGCCACAAAUCCCUGGAAUGUCCAGUGAUUUUUCACAAGCCUUCUUGGCUGAGAUGGCUGCCCAGGCAAUGGCGGCUGCUGGCGGAUCGUUGCCACUGAGUGGUCCUGGUUCUUUAGCCAGUUUGGCUGGCUUAACUGGGGGCUCUGCAGGAGGAGCCGGUGGAGGAGGUUCCUCCACCUCAGGAAGCGGCAGCCAUUCGUCUUCAAAACGACAGCGUGAACAGGAUGCCUUCAAACAACAGAUGGACUAUUACACCAAGACCCUGGGCCUGGGAUCGGGAAUCUCCCUAAUACCUACCUCCUCGUCGGGUGGAUCAUCUGCAUCGUCCAGUUCAGCAAACGCAGCAGCAGCUGCCUACGCUGCAGCUUUAGAUGCAGAGCAACAACAUCAACAACAACAGAAGGCGCUUUCUAAACGCUCUCGUGGCGAUAUGCACCCCACAAAGGAGGAACUGACUGCAGCUGCCCUUGCAGCAGGACUACCUUUAAAUCUUGGAGCCAGCAUGAGCAGCAUAGAGAAGAGUCUAAGAGGCGGAAGCAGCUCCAGCAGCAGCUCCACGCCAGCGCCCAUGUCUGCGGAACAGGAUAAGGUUACAUUGACUCCCCUUAAUGCCUCUGGAGGUGGAUCAAGCUCCUCAUCUAGCUCAGCGGCUGCUGCGGGACUGGCAGCAAAUCUGCCAAGUCAAACCACAAUAACCAUAGCUCCUCCCAUAAGCAGCGGAGCUAGCACUAGCAGCGAGCGUUCCGAGCGCUCCGAGUCGCGCAUCUCGCUAACCAUCACUAAUGCAGCCGACGCAGCUAAACUACCGCCUCCCUAUGAAGAAGCCGAUGAGUUGAUCAUACAACCCAUACUCAAGAAGCCGGCUGCUGCGAAUCCAGGCAGCAGUCAUGGGGGAAGCGUGGAGGAUUUGGACACUGCUGGAAAUACAUCAGCGGCUAAUCUGAGUGGCUCAUCCUCCAGUUCUGCGGCGGCCGCAGCGGCUGCAGCAGCGGCUGCCGAAGAGAAUCGUCGCUCCUCAAAUCGCCUGAAGCGUCCGAGGUCUGGAAACGAACAGGGAUCUGGUUCCGUGGAAGGACAACCGCCUGAGAAGCGACGGGAGCUCCGAUCCACGCGACACACCCGCUCCUCAGCGGAUGCCAGCACGCUAAAUCUUUCCACAGGAAGCGAGUCAGGUGCGGAGGAACGGAACGAAUGAGUAUUGCGCAGAUCCGAGCGCCAGCGCUAGCAGGAUGACAUGGCUCCUCCGAAGGGCAGGAGAAAAUUACGGGGAGGAGGAGCCACCACCACCACUAGACAGCCACCACAACAACCGGAGCAGAAAAUCAAGGACAGGAAGAUGACGAGAAACAAGUUGCAGAAGCGAAUGCAAACGAGAUCGAGGCGAAGAUUGAAUGCUAGGCUAACUGUUACCACUAGAUCCCUUAAGCUUAAAGUUGUGUAAAGUAUAAGAAGCAUAUAUAAACUAUAUAUAGAGGUUAGGAGCCAAUGCAGAGGGAGUGGAUGGGGGCUUGUCGGGGCUCUGCAAUUAGACACUGCUGCAACUCCGUCUGAAUUGCAGGGCACGGCGCCGUCCCCAGCUGAUGGCUUACUCAAGAUUCAUCUGCUGCAUAAAUGGAGCUUGAUAAGUCAAUCGCUUCCCUCCCUCUGGCUGCUUAAAUAUUCAUACAGUUACGAACAUAAUUAAAAAGCGCUUAUAAUUUAAUUGUAACGAGAGAAGCAAAGUGCUGCUGCAUAAAGAUUAUCCGUUUAAAUUAUUGCAACCACACACAUAAUUAAUAAGCGACAGCAAGAAUGUUUACAUAAUAGACUAUAUAUCCAUACACAACAAAACGAGAAACAGAUACUUUGGUUUCCUGCGCUGUCCUCACACAUGCAAAGUCUCUAUAUAUGAUACCUGUACAUAAUUUAUAAUAUUUAAAUGGCUCUCGCAUUGCUUAACCGUUUUUAAUAUAGUAAGGCACCAUGUAUUCUUAUACUGAAUCAUUUUCCACACCUCCACCACCCACUAUGUUGUAUUGUAUACUGUUCUCUCUACUCUCUCUGUGUGUCCCACGACAACUGCGUGUAAUUUUGAUAAUUUUAAUUUUGUAAUUAGUGAAUGUGAAAGGAGUGGAAUGCUAAAGGCAAGAAUCAAUCGUUCAAGUGUGUCUUUUAAUUUCAUGUAUUUGUAAUUUGUAUGUUUUAAAAUGCACUCGUGCGUCUCAUGAAGAACAAAAAUCCCAUAAGCAGACAUGCCGCAUAACAAAACAAAUGGAAAAAUGUUUAUUUAAAAAUAGAAUUUUUUAAUUAAAUCAAUUUUAAUGUAAUUGAGAAUCGGAGAAUAUGAAUCUUGCACGUUUGAUGAGGAGCUAUGCUAUAACUAGGGCAUUUCGCAGAAUUAUUCAGUUGAGUAAACGAAAUUAUGGAUAUCUUUUGCUCGCACUUUACGAGAACAAUUCAUUUAGAGACGUUAUCAAAGCCACACACAAAAAA